AUAUUGUUGACCCAGACUUUUAUGUUGAAUCCGUUUCCCGCGCGCUGCUGCUUUCAUACACAGUAAUCAAUAAUGGCGGAGCUUUCCAUAAAUGGAGCAAGGACCAAAGGCGUGCAGGAUGAGGACGAGGAAUUUGAGCCCACUGCAGACAUGCUGGUCCAUGACUUUGAUGAUGAGCAGACGAUGGAGGAGGAGGAGAAGCUGCAAGGAGAGACCAACUUCAGCUCUGAGAUAGACGAUCUUACUCGAGAAGGAGAGAUGCCUCUCCACGAGCUGUUAAAAUUGUAUGGCUACGGCGCCGCAGACUCAGCAGAUUCGGAGGAUGAAGGACCUGAAGAACAGGAUGUUGCAGAGGUCGACCAAAGCAGUAGUGCUCAUGGAAGCCUUAAGUCAAACAAGGAGGACAGAGAGGACGAGGUACAGAGAUCGUCCAGGGAGGAGUCUCCUGACGGCAGCAGGACACUCAGCACCGCUCAGAUCAUGUACUCUGGACCAUGCAACUACUUUGAUGGUGACGUCGACGAAUCCGAGGAUGAAGAUUAUGUUCCAUCGGAAGAGUGGAAGAAGGAAGUGAAGGUUGGGCCAAUGUACCAGGCUGAGACGCCGAGUGUCCUUUGCAAAUAUAAAGACAAUGAAAAAGUAUACGAGAACGAGGAUCAGCUCCUGUGGAAUCCGGAGCUGCUACCAGAAAACGAAGUGGUCGAAUUUUUAGCUGAAGCUUCGAAGCGAAUCGGAGAGGAGACUGGAGUGGACCCUGUCCCAGAAAAGCCUCUAAUCAAAGACAACGAGGAGGCUCUCUAUGAGUUGAUAAAAUGCAAUUUUGAUAAAGAAGAAGCUUUAAAAAGACUGGAGUUCAACCCCAAGCCUGUUAAAGAUGAGCUUCCAGUGUGGACCGAGGAGGAAAAACAUGACUUGGAGCAAGAGGAUGGAGUGUGUGGAAAUGAUUGUAAGCCUGUGCAAGCUGAUAAGAUCAAACUGUGGAGGAGAAAACCUGAUCUUCAUCCUGCUGUCGUGGACUCCACAGAGCAGACGCCGGCUGAGGCGGAGCACACAGAGGUCAGCCGUGCAGCUACUUCUCCUACAGGAGCUUCUAACUACAGCAGCUAUCAGUUAGACAGUGAAACCAGCAGCACCAAACACAACGGUGCAGAUCCCUGUUUCGUCGAUCCCUCUUUCUCGGAUCGUCCCUCAUCAGACACACAGGUUCGUUCCAGCACCGAUCCCGACAUCAGCAGCUCAAACAAGGACACGGUUAGACGGCAGCGAGAGGACGAGGAGAAUCCAGAGAGACCGGUGAAAAAGCAAAAGACCGAUGUGGAGUUUCUUACAGCAGCAGCGGUUUAGAUUGUACACAGAGGAUGCAGAAGUUGCAGAUAUAUCUAGCUGCAUUUCAGGGAUUUAAUAGUUUGCUGUUCUGAUCUAAUUCAGCAACAUGAUUUACACAGCCAGAAGUUUCACGUGUAAUGAUUUAUCGCUCUGUGUAGGUUCAGGAUCAUAGAUAAGUAAAAUUCAUUGCAUAUUUAUGAAUCAAAUCUAGACAAGUAGGAAAAUUGCUGUCAGUGAUAUUAGUGGCCAAUGAUUUCCUACAGCUUUAACAGUGAUAUUUACUACCCAGUUCAUUUUAUUACUCUUAAUAAAAUAUUUUACAGUCGGUAUACAAAAGAAAACUCCAUCACACAAAAAUCGGACACGUUCGACUACGCGCUGUUUGACGCCGUCUUUUUCCACAUGAAAGGUUAAUUGGGGAACUUCCUUUUUCAUAUUAUUCCAAAAAAAAAGUUGUUUGUAAGAAAAUACGUGCUUAUUUUUGUAUUUGAUAGCUAUUUAUAUUUUGUAUACGGUUCUGGUUGAGCACAGGCUUCAAGGGGAAAUGUAAGACUGAAUAUUUAUUUCUAACGUACUCUGUGUCAGUAAAGACCAUUACAAUUAUCGUUUCAGCCUCACAAUGUUUUCUAAAGUUUAUACACCUGUUCCAUUAUGUCUGAAGGAUCUUAUUACUAUAUGUUGUUUUGUUUGUAUGUUUUUCAUGAUGUAAGUGGUAUAAAAAACUUUGACUAGUACUAGUACUACUAAAUAAAUACCCACUGAAUUGUCACAUUUCAUGGGUUGACAUUUUUAAAAAAUAAAGUUCUUAAUUAUUUCUCUGAAA